UUACGCGUGACGAAGGUCUAUCGCGCGUUGCGGUUCGCGCAGUCUCCUUGGCUGCGCGCGUACAUCGAGCUCAAUACGGAACGGAGAACUCGUGCGAGCAACGAGUUCGAGAGGAAUCUGUAUAAGCUGAUGAAUAACGCGGUUUUCGGUAAAACAAUGGAGAACGUGCGCGAUUACGUAGACGUGAGACUCGUGACGCGUUGGGACGGAAGAUAUGGCGCGGAGGCGCUGAUCGCGAAACCGAAUUUUUACAGUAGGAGCGUCUUCGAUGAGAAUCUCAUGGCUAUUGAAUUACGCAAACUCGAGGUUCAAUUUAACAAAUCAAUCUACCGGCACAGCCCACACGUACUUGCUCAACACAUCGAUGACCGUCAUCACGUAAUUGUAGCCUUUGUUUUGUCGCACGUACGGACGCAUCUUGAUGACAUCGGCCUGCCACAAGUCGUCGUAACCGCGCACCACGACUUGGCGACGCGGAAAGUUUCUUCGCGCGGACGCGUGAAGCUCCUCGACGAGUCUCCUCUUCUCGACGCUCAUCGCUGA